GGAAUCAUAUUUAUACUGUUUCGUAAUACUGUAUGCUACACGUAUGAUACACAUACACCGAUGAACUCUCAGCCAGAGUCUCACCAGAGUCUACUGUCGUUUCCUUUCAUCUUCGCUAUCCUUGGGCUCGUGUGGUAUUUAUUUUUAUGGACUGUUGGUCUCUUGGGAUGCAGAACAGGUCGAAGAAGGUAUCGCAUGCGACCACGGUCUCCACUUGCAACGGCGCCGCCGAAUUCUGUUCAUGGUGUAUCUAUUCUGCGACCGCUGAAAGGCCUGGAUGCCAACUUAUACGAGAACCUUGAGUCUACAUUCACGCAAGAAUACCCCAAUUUCGAAAUUAUACUGUCUGUUGCUGAUGAGCAAGACCAAGCUCUUCCGGUUGCGAGAGAGCUCAUUUCUAAAUACCCCAGCAUCAAUUCCAGGAUUAUAAUAGGAGAAGAGGUGGUGGGGGUUAAUCCAAAAGUCAACAACCUCAUUCGUUCAUAUCACGAAGCUACCCACGACAUUCUCUGGGUCAUUGAUUCAGGUGUUUCGGUUGCACCCGGGACACUCGCGCGCUCCGUUGACCUGCUCGAGCCAUCCACACAGACAAACCUUCCCAAGAGGCGCGUUGCGCUCGUCCAUCACGUCCCAUUUGCAUCCUGCUCCAGAAGGGAGGCAUUCCUCAAUACUAAUCAUGCGAAGAUGUAUCUCGCAAUCAACGCUGCAUCUAUCGAAUCUUGUGUGGUUGGGAAAUCAAACCUCUACCGGCGUUCUGAUCUAGAACGGGUUAACGGUUCGCUGAAGCCCCGAGUGCACAUGGUGUCAGAAAAUGACCAGGAUUGCACCCAUGGCCUUGCUGCGUUCGGUAAAUUCUUGGCCGAAGACAACAUGAUUGCCAGUGCUCUAUGGCACGAACUGGAUCUCCGCCACGAUCUGUCCUGCGACGUGGCGCAUAAUGUGAUUGGGAAAAUGUCUUUAUCGGACUACGUGUGGAGGCGUGUACGCUGGAUUCGCGUUCGCAAACACAUGGUUCUUGCGGCAACCAUCCUCGAGCCCCUUACCGAAAACCUUAUUGCUAGCUCCAUUGCUGCUGCAAGUUUCCGGUAUCUUUUCGGCAUUCCCAUAUGGCUUUUUCUUGUCAUUCACCAUGCAGCUUGGCUUUGGGUGGAUCUAGAUGUUUACGAGUCACUUGCUGGUCAUCCUCUCCCAGCAGACAGACGCUGGCAGUUCAUCAGUGCAUGGUGCCUGCGUGAACUUCUAGCAUUGCCAAUCUGGUUCUUAGCUAUGCUUGGAAACGAGGUGAUCUGGAGAGGGAAGAAAUACGAGGUGUUACGGGCGGGAGAAGUAAAACGGACAUCGGGUGAUGGUAUACGCAGGGGCCUAUUUACCCGGUGGAGGCAGAAAGAUAUUGACUAUCAGCCCUUGCUAAGCAAUCAUUCGGAUACAUAAUGCAUGCAUACAGUGACAGCGCUUCCAUUUGUUUUCCGUAGCUCAUGAUUGGUUAUUGGUUAUCAU